AUGAAAGCAGCUCUCAAUACCACACUACUUUCUAUGAAAGUGAACAAACUGUGGGAGACACUUUAUAGGAUCCCACUAGAUCUCACGCUGACACCAACACAUGUACACUCUAACACACCAAGAAAAGGGCACACAGCAGCAGGCUCUAACACCAGGAGGAGGGCUCACACAGUAGCACGCUCUAACACCAGGAGGAGGGCUCACACAACAACACGCUCUAACACCAGGAGGAGGGCUCACACAGCAGCACGCUCUAACACCAGGAGGAGGGCUCACACAGCAGCACGCUCUAACACCAGGAGGAGGGCUCACACAGCAGCACGCUCUAACACCAGGAGGAGGGCUCACACAGCAGCACGCUCUAACACCAGGAGGAGGGCUCACACAGCAGCAUGCUCUAACACCAGGAGGAGGGCUCACACAGCAGCACACUCUAACACCAGGAGGAGGGCUCACACAGCAGCACACUCUAACACCAGGAGGAGGGCUCACACAACAGCACGCUCUAACACCAGGAGGAGGGCUCACACAGCAGCACGCUCUAACACCAGGAGGAGGGCUCACACAGCAGCACGCUCUAACACCAGGAGGAGGGCUCACACAGCAGCACGCUCUAACACUAGAAGGAGGGCUCACACAGCAGCACUCUCUAACACCAGGAGGAGGGCACACACAGCAGCAUGCUCUAACACCAGGAGGAGGGCUCACACAGCAGCACGCUCUAACACCAGGAGGAGGGCUCACACAGCAGCACGCUCUAACACCAGGAGGAGGGCUCACACAGCAGCACGCUCUAACACCAGGAGGAGGGCUCACACAGCAGCACGCUCUAACACCAGGAGGAGGGCUCACACAGCAGCAUGCUCUAACACUAGAAGGAGGGCUCACACAGCAGCACUCUCUAACACCAGGAGGAGGGCUCACACAGCAGCACGCUCUAACACCAGGAGGAGGGCUCACACAGUAGCACGCUCUAACACUAGAAGGAGGGCUCACACAGCAGCACGCUCUAACACCAGGAGGAGGGCUCACACAACAGCACGCUCUAACACCAGGAGGAGGGCUCACACAGCAGCACGCUCUAACACCAGGAGGAGGGCUCACACAGCAGCACGCUCUAACACUAGAAGGAGGGCUCACACAGCAGCACUCUCUAACACCAGGAGGAGGGCUCACACAGCAGCACGCUCUAACACCAGGAGGAGGGCUCACACAGUAGCACGCUCUAACACUAGAAGGAGGGCUCACACAGCAGCACUCUCUAACACCAGAAGGAGGGCUCACACAGCAGCACGCUCUAACACCAGGAGGAGGGCUCACACAGCAGCACGCUCUAACACCAGGAGGAGGGCUCACACAGCAGCACGCUCUAACACCAGGAGGAGGGCUCACACAGCAGCACGCUCUAACACCAGGAGGAGGGCUCACACAGCAGCACGCUCUAACACCAGGAGGAGGGCUCACACAGCAGCACGCUCUAACACCAGGAGGAGGGCUCACACAGCAGCAUGCUCUAACACUAGAAGGAGGGCUCACACAGCAGCACUCUCUAACACCAGGAGGAGGGCUCACACAGCAGCACGCUCUAACACCAGGAGGAGGGCUCACACAGUAGCACGCUCUAACACUAGAAGGAGGGCUCACACAGCAGCACGCUCUAACACCAGGAGGAGGGCUCACACAACAGCACGCUCUAACACCAGGAGGAGGGCUCACACAGCAGCAUGCUCUAACACCAGGAGGAGGGCUCACACAGCAGCACGCUCUAACACUAGAAGGAGGGCUCACACAGCAGCACUCUCUAACACCAGGAGGAGGGCUCACACAGCAGCACGCUCUAACACCAGGAGGAGGGCUCACACAGUAGCACGCUCUAACACUAGAAGGAGGGCUCACACAGCAGCACUCUCUAACACCAGAAGGAGGGCUCACACAGCAGCACGCUCUAACACCAGGAGGAGGGCUCACACAGCAGCACGCUCUAACACCAGGAGGAGGGCUCACACAGCAGCACGCUCUAACACCAGGAGGAGGGCUCACACAGUAGCACGCUCUAACACUAGAAGGAGGGCUCACACAGCAGCACUCUCUAACACCAGGAGGAGGGCUCACACAGCAGCACGCUCUAACACCAGGAGGAGGGCUCACACAGCAGCACGCUCUAACACCAGGAGGAGGGCUCACACAGCAGCACUCUCUAACACUUUUUGUCAACAGAUUCAGCACAAUAGGAUUGUGAGUAGUGUUGGAAUAUUGGCUAAGCAAGGCACACAAGCAGAGGGACACACACACACAUCUCUCACUAUAGACAAGGGGACUGAUUAUCCCAAGCUGAGGAGCUGA